AAGAAUUGUCUAAUACAGUUUAUCCAACAUGACUACAUCAUCAGAAGAUGUUUUGAUGCAAGUAGGACAAGUUCGUUAUAAAAAAGGAGAUGGUACUUUAUAUGUCAUGAAUGAACGAAUAGCUUGGAUGCUCGAUAAUAGAGAUACUGUAUCUGUCAGUCACAAAUAUGCUGACAUUAAAUGUAAGAUCAUCCAUUCAAAAAUACAGCUACAAGUUGUACUGCAUGAUGGUUCAUCAUCCACAUUUCAUUUUGUAAAUAGAAAUGGGCAAGAGGCACAAAUAAAAGAUCGUGAUGAUGUGAAAGAACUACUUCAACAACUAUUACCAAAAUUUAAGAGGAAAGUAAAUAAAGAAUUAGAAGAGAAAAAUAGAAUGCUUCAGGAAAAUCCGGUACUCUUUCAAUUAUACAGAGAUUUAGUUAUUACACAAGUUAUUUCUUCAGAAGAAUUUUGGUCGCAACAUGCUGCAGAACAUACUCAAGCUAAAAAGAGUCAACGUCAAGAAAUUGGUGUUAACAGUGCAUUUUUGGCUGACAUAAAACCACAAACAGAUGGCUGUAAUGGAUUGAAGUAUAAUUUAACUGUUGAUGUAAUAGAAUGUAUAUUUAAGACGUAUCCUGCAGUAAAAAGAAAACAUCAAGAAAAUGUGCCUCACAAAAUGUCAGAAUCUGAUUUUUGGACAAAGUUCUUUCAGUCUCAUUAUUUUCAUCGAGAUCGUAUUAAUGCCGGGACCAAGGACCUUUUUACCGAAUGUGCCAAAAUAGAUGAUCAAGAACUCAAGAAAGAUAUUCAAUCGGGUAUCAAUGAUCCAUUGGUAGACAUUACCUCUUUCGAAGAUCAAACUCUGGAUGAGAAUUAUGGGAAUGGACCUAGCAAAUCCGAUAAACUUUCAGGAAACAUUGUACAUCAAAGUAUGAUCAAAAGAUUUAAUCAACAUAGCAUUAUGGUUUUAAAAGCCAGCACUGCCAAACAAUCUAUGCCAUCUAUUCAACCACAGUUAAAUGGAUCUACUCCAUCCGCGAGCAAAUCUACCACACUUUCUAAUCGGUCGGAUGAACAACCAAAAACUAAGAAGCUUAGAAUACAAGAAAAAUUAAUAUACGAUGAUCUCGAUAGUAAUUGUGACACAAACGCAACGUCGCAUAGUGUUCCACUGAAUUUGACGCACAUAGACAGAUAUUUACACGGCCCUGUGCCGGGAUACGGCAGCACAGUACCCACAUCCGAAGAGCUGUUUAUGACAUUAAAUCAACUGAAAAGAGAAGCAAGCGGAUGGCUGACAGCGAACAGCAUACCGAGACAAUUAGCAACGUCACUGGUUAGCCCAGCUGCAGCCGUCUUAGCUUUAGGAGAGUUAACUCCCGGUGGUUUGUUAAUGAAAGGCUUCAGAGAGGAAAGCCUUGGGCAACUAAUACCAAAGGAUCUAGAGAAAGAGUUACGUAACGUCUAUGUAUGCAUAUGUGAACUCCUAAGGCAUUUUUGGCGCAGUUUUCCACCUACAACACCGCAGCUUGAAGAAAAGGCAAUUAGAAUGCACGAAGCGUUACACAGAUUUCAUUCUGCUAAACUUAAACCUUUCGAAGAUCGUGUUCAGCGUGAUUUUUCUGCUGUCAGUCAACAUUUAACGAGUCAUUUAAACCAGUUAUUGAACACAGCGUAUAGAAAAUUUGCAGUUUGGCAACAACGUAAAAUGCAAAUGAGGUAGCCGUUAAAUAAAUUUGUCGUAUAAAUGAAAACAGCGUGAAUAAAACAGAGCAAUAUUGGCCAUCCUACGUAUAUUGCAUUUUGUAAUGUUACCGUAAUUAGGAAUUAAUAUGGAUGUAUUUCACAAAAACCAAAGCAAAAUCGUAUCGUGCAUCCUGAGCUGCCUGAUAUUGUUUAUUUAUUCUUACAUAAUCAUGUUUAUUAUUGUUUAAAAAUUCUCAUUAGAAUAUUACUCAGAUUCAUUCGUAAGGAAAUAUUUCAUAAAUACUUACGUAAUUUAAUGUAUAGAUUAUUUAUUUACUUGUUCUAAGUUGUUACCUACCAUGUUGCUUAUUUUGUGACGCUUUAUCAGUUAUAUCACGUUAUUGUUUCGAUAAAAUUUCAGAAAUUAAGAUUUAUAAAGAAAGUCCAUUGAACGUGGAAUAAAAUUAAUAUUUCUAAGUUUUCUAAAAAAAUGAUAUGUAAUGGGGGUAUGUAAAAUUUGUAAAAUGCAACUGGUUAAACAAAUGUGUGUACAGAAACAUUUAAAAAGUAUUGUAUGAUAUCAAAGUAGCUGUGAUACCGCCACUGUACCACUUUGCUUAUUAGUAUAAUUCAUCCCUUUUAAUUAAAUUUCAAAAACUUUGUGUGUAUUUGCAGUAAUAGUAUUAGAAUAUUGUAUAAUAUUCCGAUCGUAACGGUAAAGAGAUAAAAGAUUAAACUAUAUUCGUGUAACGUUUAAACAAAUGGUGUAUUUAGUACAAUUCGCACUUGUGUCAGAAAUUUUGCAUCACAAAGUUCACAUACUAGUACACACAGUGGCAUCGGUAUACUUUUCAAGAUAUCUGCGAUAUACUCAACUAAGUGUCUUAAUUGUUGAAUCCUAUUUUUUUUAUAGUAACAGGUAAGGCAACUUGCAACAUGCAAUUUCAUAAACUGCCUGCUCACUUUCUCUACAGUAGCAAUAAUUUGGCAGUUACUCGAAUGAGUGAUAUCUAUUUCAGCCAGUAACAAAACGACCAUAUUCGCGAGUUACACUAUUAUUAUUAUAAUAAUAAUUAUAAAUAUAUUCUUACAUUACCAUUAUAAUAAAUGUUAUCAUUGUGCAUACCAAUUUUUAAUUAAUAACACUUUAAUGAAU